GUGCAGCUACAAAGAACAGACCAGAUAUGUAGCCAAUGAAGCGACAAUCGUCUCGAUGAAAAGCAACCAUUGACAAGUUGCGUAUAGCGCAUAAUACAGAACAGAUGUGUCUUUCCUCCCUACUACGAUUGAGAAGAAGAGAUAGUUGCUUUUGUGCGAUGGUUCUUUAAAUUAUUUUCUAUUUUGUCUGGUGUAUAUAAGCACCCAGCAAGAUGAAUAGCUCGACCGAUCCGCGGCGGCCCGACAAAGAAGUUCGCUACAAACCACCAGGUUCAAAUAAUCAGGCUCAGAUGCAGGACGACUUGACACCGGACUACAUGAACGUCAUAGGAAUGAUAUUCAGCAUGUGCGGCUUGAUGAUGAGGUUAAAAUGGUGCGCUUGGGUGGCUCUUUACUGCUCCUGCAUCAGCUUCGCCAAUUCGCGAGUCAGCGAGGACACCAAGCAGAUUCUCAGCUGCUUCAUGCUGUCCAUAUCAGCGGUGGUGAUGUCUUACUUACAAAAUCCUCAUCCUAUGACGCCACCGUGGGCAAGUGCUAUGCAGUGAGCAAAUUUAUUGUGUCGUUCCAUGGAUAACUCACUUUGUUAAUGUUUCUUUACACGUGAGUGCAAAAAACCUUAAACAUUUGCGAUAAGUAUGCAAUGUGUUAUUGUUUACUUUGUACAGAGAGAGAGAGAGAGAGAGAGAGAGAGAAAUAUCUAAUAAUGAAUGAAGUCACUGCGAUUCAUUGCAAUAAUAUAUAUUAUUGUUACAAAUAUCGAGUCUAUACUGUGUCAAUGAUUCUUAUUUUAUAAUCAUCGAAGGAACAUGCAGACAGGACUGUGCAUGCAAUGUACACCAAUGAUCUCCUAUAUUCAUCAUUUAUUUCUUAUAAAUAAUUUAUAUUACAUUAGAAUCAACUCUCUCUAUGUCCUGUAAGCUUCUCUCGAGGGGAUAUCUAUAAAUAUUACAAGGAAUCAAUAAAUACUACAGUUUUCUAA